CGUACAGGGUGAAGAUGAACGUCUCUUCAGAAUUCAUCUCGAUAGGCGGCAAUCGGAAUCCUGCCGCCGCUGAUUGGGAUGAGGGUGGCUUGCAGCUACUAGCGUUUGGCGCCGACAACUGCAUUGCCUUGUGGGAUCCCCAAGACGAAGACCUUCACGGAGUUCAAGCAAAUUUGAAUGGUCACACUAAGGCUGUCAACGCUGUCAAAUUCUUUACCACGGAAUUGCCAGACGUAUCUGUUCUCAUCAGUGGAGCAGCUGAUAACAAUAUCCGCAUAUGGCGCGGUCGACGAGAUGAUCGUCCCAAGUUCGAAUGCGUCAAGAUUAUCUCAGAGCAUACGAGCCCUAUCACAGGGAUAGCCACUCUUCCGGGAACAGACGUGUUCGCCACAGGAGCAUCAGACGGCAAAGUCAAGAUCUGGAAGCUCGUCCACAACGCCGACUUCUCGACGAUUGAUGUCGAGCUAACACAGAGCAUCACCCUAUCUCCGAAGUACUUCCCACUGAACCUCGCACUAGCAUCCCUAGACGAAUCAUCCACCGUUCUAGCGGUCGCAGGCACUCGCAGUACCAUUCAGCUCUUUAUCUCUCAUGAAACCCAAUUCAACCUGGCAGCUACUCUAACGGGACACGAAGGAUGGAUUCGUGCGCUUGCGUUUACUCGAGAGACAUCAAAUGCCGACAGCGACCUUCUACUAGCAUCGGCAAGUCAAGACAAGUACAUUCGGCUAUGGAGGAUCAAUCGUGGAGAUCAACUCCCUGUCGCAAGCACUGCACUCAGCGAUCCCGCUUUAGGAGUCUUGGGUAAAUCUUUGUCUAACAAGGCUCAUUGGAUUGUGUCGGCCGCAGCAAAGCACUCUGUCACAUUCGAGGCGCUGCUGCUUGGACACGAAGAUUGGAUAUACCAAGCUUCCUGGAGGCACCGAGAUGGCAAACUACAGCUACUUUCCACAUCGGAAGACAACUCGCUUGCGAUCUGGGAGUCUGACCCCUCAUCGGGUGUGUGGGUGUGCAUCACGAGAUUAGGCGAGAUCAGUGCGCAGAAAGGUUCAACAAGCGCCACGGGUAGCGCUGGAGGUCUUUGGAUAGGGCUGUGGUCUCCAAACGGAAACUCGCUAGUAGCUUUAGGCCGCACUGGAAGCUGGCGGAAAUGGACGUACUCGGCCGCGGAAGACAUGUGGGCGCAGCAAGUUGCAAUUACAGGGCAUGUGCGUGAGGUCAAAGGCGUCUGUUGGUCAAGAGACGGGUCGUAUCUACUUACCACUGGAUCAGAUCAGACGACGCGGUUGUACUCGGAAUGGAAACGUGAAGGGUCAACGGCCUCAUGGCACGAGUUUUCGAGGCCACAGAUCCAUGGUUACGACCUCAACUGCAUUGAUGCAGUCACCAACUCUCAGUUUAUCUCUGGUGCCGACGAGAAGCUUCUGCGCGUUUUUGAUGAGCCCAAGGGCGUGGCCGGUAUGCUUAACAAGUUAUGCGAUAUACAAGCCUCGACCUCCGCCAAUCUCCCAGAUGCCGCCAACAUCCCAGUCCUCGGCCUCUCCAACAAAGCCAUCCAAGCCAUAGGCGAUGACGAGCCAGUUGAAAACGGCGCCGAAGACGAACGCGAAGCCGUCGAUCCUUCCACUGUGAUCCGCAAAUCCGCACUCGACUUCAAUCACCCGCCUUUUGAAGACCAUCUUGCGCGUCACCUACUCUGGCCAGAAACAGAGAAGCUGUACGGCCACGGCUACGAAAUCUCUGCAGUCGCUGUAAAUAGGGAUGGUACACUUGUAGCUACAGCAUGUCGAGCAAGCUCCAUCGACCACGCUGUUAUCCGUCUGUAUGACACAAAAGAGUGGCUUGAAGUCAAGCCGCCACUGAAAGCACAUUCCCUUACCGUUACAUCUCUACAGUUCUCACAGGACGACAAGUACUUGCUUAGCGUCGGAAGAGAUAGGCAAUGGGUUGUUUGGGAGCGAAGCACCGAACCUUCGAUGUACACCCUCAAAUUCGCGAAUCCGAAAGGCCAUACGCGAAUGAUUUUGAGUGCUACAUGGACGCCUCUUGAACAGCCAACCUUCAUUACAGCCGGUCGAGACAAGUCGGUCAGGUUAUGGCAGAUUGAAGACAACGAUGUUCAGCUCAAAGCUACGGUGACGGCCAGUGCGGCUGUCACGGCAGCAGCAUGCAAUAGCAAACUGUUCAACAACAAAAUCAUGUUUGCCUUUGGGACAGAAAAUGGAGAUAUUAGCAUUGGAAGCGCGCCGGUAGAUGCAUUAAACAAAGCAGAUGUUGCCAUCAUCCAGUCGGAAUUGUCAUCGGCAAAGACAAUCAACCAGAUUGCUUGGAGGCCUAGGGAAGUUGGGGGUCAACAGCAGAUUGCCGUAGCGAGCGACGACACAUCGUUGCGGAUUUUCAACAUUGAAAAUCCGGCAUUAUGACACAAGAUCGUGUAUUGCGCGCCUUGAUGACGCCUAUAUUUCGUAAUGAAUAGAAUAAUUCGAAAGAGCCGCGAACUACACCAACUUAAGAACACUGAAACAGCAUGUGAGACUGUCUUAUCACAAACAUGGGCAAACAUCCACUUACUUUUGUAUAUAAUAAACUAG